ACAACGACAAGCAGAUUUUAAAUGAAAGUUUGAAGUUAAGAUGUCUCUGAUCAAAUUAUAUAAAGGAAAGUUUUGCGAUUUAUAAUAUUAUAGCACAAGACAGACCUUGAUCUAAAUACUGCUACUACAUAUUAUUAUCUGUAACACACUGUACUUUAUAUUUGCUUAAAAUAAUUCAAUUAUAUCUCAAUUCACACGUUGACAAAUUCAACAAAUUUUUAGUUGAUCUAUAAACGGAGAUGUUCAAAAAUAUUUAAAAAAUUAUUUUUAAAUAAUUUCAUUGCGAUUUUAAUCAAUGACCAAUCAAGUUUUGUUUUGAAUGAGAAAAAUAGUUGAAAAAAAUUUAACUAAAGUUUUAAUUAAAAGUGUAAUAUUCUUAAAUGAAAUAUUAAGAAAAAAACCAUAAAAAUGAUACGUCCAACAAGUUGUGAAGAAAUAAAAUCCCGAAAUUAUCUUGGCAUAAGACAUUUGCAAGGUCUUCUGCUAUUUUGGGGUCUAGCAGUAGGUUAUGCAAUGAGAAUAAAUUUAUCGGUAUCGAUAAUAGCCAUGACUGAUCCAUUAGAGGAAAAACCAUAUGCACAGAUUUUCGACUGGUCUGAAAGUGUCAAAUCUCUAUUGUUAAGCAGUUUUUUCUGCGGCUAUGUCGGCACUCAAGUACCGGCCGGACCAUGGGCCCGUAAAUGGGGAGCUAAAAUUUUAUUUUUCUAUGCCAUUUUAAUCAGUGCAGUAUUGUGUCUUCUCACUCCAUACUUAGUGGAAAUAGGUGAUUGGCCUUUAUUUGUUUUUGUGCGCAUUUUAAAAGGUCUAGCUCAAGGUGUACUUUUUCCCUGUACCCACACAGUUUUAUCCAAAUGGUCUCCAGCACAUGAAAGGGCUUCCUUAUGUACUUUUGCCUAUGCUGGUACAUUUUUCGGUGCCAUUCUUAUAUUCGGUAAUAGUGGUUGGAUCAUGACUUCUGCUCUUGGCUGGACUGGUACAUUUUAUUUAUCCGGUGUAUUGGGUGUAGUCUGGUGUAUUGUUUGGUAUAUUUGGGGUGCCAAUACACCCGAUGACUACAAGGGUAUAACAAUUGAAGAGAAAACAAUGAUUUAUAAUUCCUUGGGCACCAAUCAAAAUAACGAUAGUGAAAUUGUGCGCAAUUUGAAAACACCCUGGACCAAAAUCUUAACUUCUUUACCCUUUUUGGUUUUGAUGAUCGAUCAUUGUGCACAUAAUUGGGGUUUCUGGACCUUACUUACCCAGCUGCCUUCGUAUAUGAAAUAUGUUUUGGGCAUGGAUAUAAAGAGUAAUGCCCUAUAUUCAUCUUUACCCUAUGCCAUAAUGCUGAUGUUGAGUUUUAUUUUUUGCUUUAUAGCAAAUUAUAUUAACAAACAUCGUUUGUUAACCACGAACUAUAGUCGGAAGUUAUUUAAUAGCAUAGGUCAGGGUAUACCCAUGAUUGCCUUAAUUACUUUGGCUUUCUGUGAUAGCAGCAAUAUAUUACUGGCUGUUAUUUUAAUCAUACUGACAGUGGGCUUUAAUGCUGCCUCAUUUUUGGGUUUUCAAGUUAAUCAUAUAGAUUUAUCGCCAAAUUUCGCUGGUGUCUUAAUGGGCAUAACAAAUUGUGCAGCUAAUGUAAUGAGUAUUUUAGCUCCCUUGGCUAAGGGUUUACUGGUGCAAGAUGAAACAAAUAUUUUUGAAUGGCGUCUUGUAUUUAUCAUCGCCGGUGGUUUUUAUGGUAUAGCGAAUUUAUUAUUUGUUACUUUGGGCAAAACUAAGAUUCAGCCCUGGAACGAUCCUUUACCGGAACCAGCAGAAAUGCAACUUAUGCAGCCCCAUAAGCUAGCAAAUGGAGAGGAAAAGGAAAGACAAUAAUUUUUUAGAAAUAUAUUCUUCAGUAUUCAAUUUGUUAUUAAUAAGACUUAAAUGUUGCAUUUGUAAUUUCUGAAAAAUGGAUUUUAUUCCGAAUUGUUAAAAUAUUUGUAAAGUCAACAUGUCAUUAAAUAUAUUAUUUAGCGCUUAUGUAUAUUCUUUGAAAGUAAAUAACGAUAUUCGUAAGCAAUCGAAAUCA